GAGCGGCCGGGAGGCUGAGGAGCGCGGGCAGCGGAGCCGGGCAGGAGGAGGAGGAGGAGGGCAGCGCCAUGACUCAUUUGCAGGCAGGGCUCUCCCCGGAGACUCUGGAGAAAGCCCGGCUGGAGCUGAACGAGAACCCCGACACCUUGCACCAGGACAUCCAGGAGGUGCGGGACAUGGUCAUCACCCGGCCGGACAUCGGCUUCCUCCGCACCGACGAUGCCUUCAUCCUGCGGUUUCUGCGGGCCAGGAAGUUUCAGCACUUCGAGGCGUUUCGCCUCCUGGCCCAAUACUUUGAAUAUCGCCAGCAGAACCUGGACAUGUUUAAGAGCUUCAAGGCCACAGACCCGGGCAUCAAGCAAGCGCUGAAGGAUGGUUUCCCCGGCGGGCUGGCCAACCUGGACCACUACGGCAGGAAGAUCCUCGUCCUUUUUGCUGCCAACUGGGACCAGAGCAGGUACACUCUGGUGGAUAUUUUGCGUGCCAUACUUCUUUCUUUAGAAGCCAUGAUAGAAGACCCCGAGCUGCAAGUGAAUGGAUUUGUUUUGAUUAUAGACUGGAGCAACUUCACCUUCAAGCAGGCCUCCAAACUCACACCAAGCAUGCUUAGAUUAGCCAUAGAGGGCCUUCAGGACAGCUUUCCAGCUCGGUUUGGAGGAAUACAUUUUGUGAAUCAGCCGUGGUAUAUCCAUGCCCUGUACACAGUUAUCCGGCCCUUCCUAAAGGAGAAGACACGAAAAAGGAUAUUCCUGCACGGUAACAACCUCAACAGCCUGCAUCAGCUCAUCCACCCUGAGAUCCUGCCUUCAGAGUUUGGAGGAAUGUUGCCCCCCUAUGACAUGGGGACGUGGGCAAGAACACUGCUGGACCACGAGUACGACGAUGACAGUGAAUGCAAUGCGGACUCCUACAACACUCCUGCAAAGGAUAUGGAAAAGGACCUCUCUCCCAAAUCCAUGAAAAGGUCUCAGUCAGUUGUGGAUCCUGGGGUGCUGAAACGCAUGGAUAAGAAUGAGGAAGAAAACAUGCAGCCUUUGCUUUCACUUGACUAACAGUUUUUGAGCAUUGGACAUGAACUGAGGUGGAAGGCAUUGCCUCUCAGCAACAAGCAAGUCAUUGGGAAAGAGUGUAACAGCUGGAAUCCUAUUUUACUCACGUUAAUGUAGCAUAUUGGCAGCAGGUGUUACUAUUCUGCCUGAAUUCUGGAUGCCCUUUGGUGAAAAAGAAGUGGAGAAAAAAAAAAAGAAAAUUAAAUAAAAAAGAAAAGGAAUCAAUAAUUUAUUCUGUAAGUGCCAACUUGUUUGUAAAUACAAUAUAAUCCUCCAAUUUUACUUUGUAAGUUAUGGUAAACAAGUGCUAUGGAAAUGAGUGACUAUUAAAUAUGUCAGUGAAGUGCACCAUAAAAAAGAGAAGAAAACGUGUGUGUUCUCACAUGUACACGCACACAUGCACAGAGAGAAAUGUACUGAACAAAGAAAAAUAUCAAAGCCAAUUAAAUGUUGCCCUUCCCUUGGGAAGCCAGCUAGUACAUUGACUACUGGAUUUUUUCUGCAAUGCUCACAUAGUGUGCUAAGAUAAAGAGGGAAUAUAAGUACUUGGGAGGUGCUGUAAUUAGUGGAAUGUUUCCUAACUGUAGGAAUUGGUUUCUCGAAUAACACUGGGGUUUAGGAUUGUGAUUUAGCACAAACCAUGUGCAUUGUGAGAAAGAUCACAGGUGAACUGGAACCAGCUCUUGGAUAGCUUUGUCAUUUAGCUGUGUGGGACUCUGAGGUUUCUUCCUAACCUUUCAUUUACACAAGUAUCCUGGCUUGGUACCAUAACCUGAGUGUUGUAAUGUGGGGCACAGUGGAGUUACUUCUCUUGCAUUUUGGGUGCACAUCAAGAAUUUUUCCAGAACUCUGUUCUCCCUUGGAGUGAGACAUUAGUCCUCUAAAUACAGUAUAAUAACCAGUAUCUGAAAGUAAAGCCUGGCAGCAGAGGUUAAUCACUGAAUCCUGUGCACUGGGAGACUGGAUACAUAUAUAUAUAUUUUUACCAAUCUCUGACAAGCAUACAAGGUGACAUUGUUAGAUAAGUAUAUUUCAUUGAAGGUUUAUACAAGAAAUCAUACUUAUUCAAUGUACUUAGAUAUAUUAUAGAUUGUAUAUUGAGACACUGUCAUUAUUAAUAUAGUAAAACUUUCCAUAGAUCAACAGCAUCCCACUCCAAGCAAGGAUUAAUGUGAAUAAGUUGUAGUCUCAGCCUAUAGUUUAGGACACCUUUGUUUUGGUUGUAGUGUAACUGUAUAUACUGAACAUGUGCCAUAAUAGAGAAAUACAUUUUACCUCAAAAGGGCAACAGGUUUCACUAGGGGUUGGGUAAAUCAGCUGAAACAUAGAGGCUCUGUUAUCUCUGUGUGCUGGCUGAUGUGUGUGCAGCCUGUGGUAUGCUGAGGCGAGAAUGUAAUUUCUUAUUAGGACUACAAUCGACAGUCAGAGUGGGGAGACACACAGGGUGCCCAUCAAGAAAUAUGAAUUGGUAUUGUAAGAACAUGUUCAGGCAGUGCAGGGAUUAGUUAAGGAAACUAAUUCACAGGGGAGGUGAUAGCUCACGGCAACCCUGCCUCCCAAAUUCUAGAGUUUAAAACAUUUCUUCCAUCACUCCAGCUAUCAGUGAAGUUUCAGAGUUACUGGUUGUAGGUCACCUCUUCUCAUUCAGGAUGAUUACAGCUGUAAGAUUUGGUAGGCUGAGAUGAGUUAAGUGCAGAGAGUGAAAACUUGAAAGUCUGUCGUCUCGAGUUUAGCUGUAACUCCUGUGGUGGCAGCUUCAGCCUUUCUCAGGGCUGAGGCGACUCUGACUCUUCCAGCAUCACCCUUGAUUAGCCCAGGAAACACACAGACAAAGCUUUCCUACUUCACAGGUCAUUAGCAGCACGGGCAAACAGUGUAUGCCCUAAUACACCAUCACCUUCCAGGAACUUGUCUGAACAACUCGUUGCCUUUCUGCUUUUCUAAUUCUGCUUUCAUGGUAGGGGUUAGGAAAUGCAGAGAGGAAAGAUAUGGAGCCUGAACUUCUUAUCAGUCUGUCCUACAAGUUGUCAGUAGUAGAAACUGUCCUAAUACUACUUCUGUGGUUUGACUUGAAAAAAUGAUCAGUUUUAUAUACUAUUUUAUUCAGUUCUGUUUUUCACAUUCCUUAUAGUAUCAUGCUGUAUAAGUGAGAUGUGUCUCCAGUACUUGCAUAAGUGCCAUAUUUGAAUGUACGUUAUAUAUUUCCACACUUCUGGUUAGUAGAAUUGUAUAUUGUCAUAGUUAUGAUUUAAAAAUUCGUAUCAGAUAAAACUAAAACAUCAGUAGAAAUUUUCUCCUUAUAAGGGCUUCAGGAUUUAGUCAGUACUCCACAUGUAUACAAGCUGUGACACAGUGGUGAUCAAAAUUUUCAUGGAUCCUUUUAGAUACAUGGGCCAGAGUGGUGUAAGACAGCAGAAUGCUGAUUUCAGAGUACACCACCUGUCUAAUAAAAAAAUGCAAAUCUGUUCCACUGUAUGAAGCUUAAAAUUUGUUUUGAAGCUUAUAAAUUUUUGUUUGAAAAUCCUUUAUUUAUGCACUUAACUGUAAUUUAUGUAAUAUUUUCUGAUGUCCGAUUUCAGUUUUAAGGUAAUGAGUAUUAAUACAUUCUUUCCAGAAAGUGAGAGUCGGAUAUAUUAUAAUUUUGUGGAGCUGGGACCUCAUUUUCCAGCAAGAACAAGAUUGCUUUUUCAAUAAGAUUCUCUCUGUUGAAGAGUUGGGCUACAGGUCCUCUUGGCUGCAGCUUUUAUUUCACUGAAGCAAAUUCUGACAGUGGUAACUGCAGUUGUGACAUUGGAAAAGAAUAUGGAAAUGGGUGAGAGAAAUAAAUAUACUUUACCUGCUCUCAGUAUUCUUUGAAGGUAUUUCUCUUUUACAUAUCAGGGUACAUAAAGGGUUCCGCCUUUCUUGUAGAAAAUCUUUAUAGGUAGUUCAAUUUUUAUUAGAUGAAUUUGGACUGAAAACUUUUUCCAAUCUUUAUUACCAUAGGAAUUGCAGUCUAAUUUUUAUAGCAGAAUUGAAGUGCUAAAAACAGAAUGCACAUGCUUGGGAGGAACUCCUCUUAAUUUCUUACCUUUCUUGUGUAUUGGGUAGAAUAAAACCUUGUUGUAAUUACGCAUGCCGAGAUGCAUAUAAAAAUAUCCUGCAAUAUGAGGAACUUAGUGGAGAAACUUGAUAUACCUGUCCAACUAUGUAAAAAAAAGGAGGAUUUAAAAAAAGUGUAAAAAUUGAUAGUUUUGGGCCUUUGAUAAUAUCUAAAAAUAGCCUCUUACUUCUCCAAGACUCAAAUGUUUAAAAAUAUAUGGAAAAGUUAUGGAAAAUUCCAUGACUAAAACCUCCUUGUAAUCAGAGAUAUCAAUAGACUCUUGGC